AUGAAUGACCCAAAGAAUGAUGAGUUAUGGGGCUUCAUUGCCAAGGCCUUGUGGACUGGUCCCAUCACAUAUCUCGUCGUUGUCGGCCUCGCCUUUCUUCGUGAUGUGUCGCGGAAGUCCAUUGUCACAGGAAACACCCUGGCUCUCACUCUCACGAAAUCUCGCUUCUCCCCGUACGCAUGGAAUGAAUACUAUAUCAGAAUCUACCGUGACACCCAAAUCUUCUACCUUGUCGAGGUCUUCAGACUUAUUAUAAACCUCGCAGUUUGCGUCGUUUAUAUCAUCGGAACCUAUACCCGUAAUGUCUUUGGCUACAUUACCAUCAUCAACCGAAUUGGAGCGAGCUUUUUCAUGCUGGAUAUCGUCAGCGAAAUGUUCUCUGCAGAAUCCGCCAUCUCGUCCGCCUCUUCUUUGAACACUUUCUUUGAUGCUUUCUCACUUCCCUCCCUGCUCAUGGCCUCCGGCCCGAACCAGUUUCUCAAUUUUUCCUUUCUGCGCGCUGUCCAGGCUUACGGCGCCUUCAGUCGCCUGGAAAAACGCCUGCUAGUCCAAGUCAUGAGUAGUAAGCGCCUCUUUGCAAAGCUUGGCAUGCAGUGCAUUACCUUGUUUUACACCCUUGCCAGCGCUAUUCAACUUCUUGAAGUUCCAGGCGACCUGCUCAGUGUCAAUUUUCGAGACACUUGGCUGCAAUUCGGCGACUGGAACUUUUUUAACAGUGUUUACUUCGUCGUCGUCACCCUUUCUACUGUUGGAUAUGGAGACUUGUCGCCGUCUACCGUCCAGGGUCGGCUCUUCACCCUCAUGAUCAUCGUCAUUGGUAUUGUUAUUUUUACCAGCGUCAUCGGAGAAAUUGUCGAGCAAUCAACUCGCGGCCGCGGCUCAGGCUGGUUUGUGAAGAACCCUAACGCCCGUCACGUCAUCGUCUGUGGGAAUCCAACUCUAUCCUCCCUCGUACUUUUCGUGUCGGAGUUCUAUUCGGACACACGAGAAAGUAAUAUGACGGCAAAGAUUGUGGUCCUUGUCGAGAACCCCACGUGGUCUGACACGGAUUGGUUCCAGCACAUUGCGAAGAAUUCUUUUCUGCAAGCCAGGCUCACUUUCUUACAAGGAUGCCUACGAAACUCCAUAGAUACACAACGCGCGAAGUUGCCGAGUGCCGAUGCCGUGUUUUUCCUCACCUCUCCGUCUACAGGGGAGGAUCCUUCGCUGCAAGACAUUAGAACCGUUAUGAACAUUCUAGCUGUCAGAAACGCGCGUACGGACAUCCCCAUCUAUGCUCAAACCUUACUAGAAGGAUCCAAUCUGCAGACUAAUGUCGCUUUAAACACAGCGACAACCUUCAGCAAGGGGACUUACUUUCGAGAUUCAAAGAGCAUGCGACCUUCGGCUUCUUACCAAGGUCUGUUCCACGCUGUUUUGCAGGCUGAAGUCCAUGAUUUUGCAAAAGCGCGCCUAAAGAGAGACAGCAAAGAGGUGGAAGACGCAAUAGAGCACCAUAAAAAGGUGCUCCAAGGAGUAGGUGUGCUCUCCUGUGAAGGAAAACAUGUCGAUUUGGAACGCUCUUCCUUGAUCUGUCUCCAGGAAAUACAAAUGGCCCUCAUAGCCGGAAAUAUCAGAGUCAACGGACUUGCCACACUGCUCUCAAACAUGUAUCUAGACAUCCCAGCUGAGAAGCCAUGCCCAAAUGAUCCUUCGUGGUUGUGGGAGUACCAGAUGGGCUCGUCAUGUGCGCUCCAAUACGCCAUCAUUCCGGAACAGCUCCACGGCGUUGCACUGAAGAAAAUUGCCAUUGAAUUGUUCCAUACUGGUUUAGUUCUUGUGGGAACCACUGAUAUUGGGCACAAGCUCCUUCAUCCUAUCCUCGACACAGAUACAUUUAUGCGCAAGGGUGACAUUGGCAUUUUCUUGACAUACCUUCAACAAGAUCAUGUAGCAGCGGCGCUCCACGUAGUUGCUUCUCGGUAUAAGUUAGGGCGGCUGCGCCAAUCUGUGCUUCCAUCUAUUUCUUCAACCGACGACCUGAAGCAUACCUCGUCUGGCUUGGACCCCAUGACUAAGCGUCUUUCUGGGAUUAGCAAUACAUCUAUGAAGAUAGAGGAUGCGCUCUCAACACCAAACCUUACGCAAUCCCUCGCUACUGUGAAAGCAACUCGUCACCGAGAAGAAGACCAAGAGGAUAUCGUUGGCGGUGAUUUGUUAGAUUCGCAAAGACGCCGUUCAUACGAGAAGUGCACGGAUGGCUACAUCCCCGAUGCUCUCUCUGGCCAUGUCAUAGUAGCCAUCGAAGGAGAUGCAGCGUUGGAGAACCUUGCCCUCUUUCUAAAGAAGCUGUGGGAAAGAAGCAAUAGACGCUCCAUGAGGAACGCACGGCGAUCUCGAGUAGUGGUAAUCCAUCCAUCCAUUACUGACAAGUAUCGCAAACUAUUCACGAGACACGAAAGGGAGUCUUUAUUCUUUGUGGAAGGGUCUCCGUCUUCUGCUGACCCGUGGGCAAAGGCAAGGCUAAAGACUGCGAAGUCAGUUGCUACUAUGGCUGAUUACACCCGUCCGUGGAGUAUAUCAGAUGCUCGAACCAUAUUUACGCUUUUGACUCUUGAUGUCAACACCGAGCAUGACCACGAUUUGUUCAUUUGUUCUGAACUAGUUGACGAGAAAUCGUUAGAAUUUUUGAGAGAACCAUCACACCCCCGUAGACGUGGUGCAAGUCUGGGAGAGACGUCACGCCAAACGUCUGCGAAUGCAUCUCGCAGCCAAUUUUCUGCAUCUCCCGCACAUUCCUCAGUUGCUUCUCCAGAGAUUUCCUCCCGACUUGGGGAGCAACAAGAUGCAGUUCAAUCAAUGCCUGCAGCAGUACUAGAAGCGAAGGUAGAGAAAUUGCCAGGGGCAGAUCUACCAGGAGAACUGCCGCCGAAAGCAGCUUCAGGCACGGAACUCCAUAUCAAUGUGCCAAGCCCACCAGACGAAGAUUCCACUACUAAUAGUCGAGGUGCCGCAAAUCCGGUGCAUGCCGUCCUUACUUCAGCGAAGGACCUCAAGAAGUCUGCAGUAGCUGCAGUAGUCGGAAAGGGACACGGUUCUGUGAAGAGCGGAGGAUCACAACAUAGUAAGCAAUUGAGACGAAUGUCCUUUAGGUUGCCCGAGCCAGAAAACCUGGUUCCUGAGAAUGGAGCAGCUGCAGUAGAUCCAUCAAAUAAGCCCGGCGCGGCUCGAGCCAGGCGCGGCUCUCUGUUUUCACGGAGUCGGUAUGCGUCCGGUGAGUUGCUUAUUCAUUCAAGUGCAAUUACGUUGCUUGUGCGAGAGUAUGUCGAGCCCGGAUUUAUCCAUUUCUUUUCUGACAUGCUGGGCACAGUACAACCAACUCCUGGCUUGAAGAUCCGACUCGUUCAAAUCCCAAAAACGCUCUUCAGGAUGGACCGCGGUGCUGUUUUCAGAAAUAGGCAACUGUUUUUACCCUACAUCUCAGUAUUUAGGUCUCUUAUUCGUCAUGGUGCAACACCACUUGGAAUAUAUCGAUCAGGAGAUGCCCCUGUUCGAGUGCCUGGAAGACAGAGGCACCGGCGCGGAAUGGCUCUCUUAGAAGAGCUAACGCUGUAUUGGAAGGGACUUGCGAAGGCAGGUACUGCGUCUGUCACAAAGGGCCGUUUGUCACUGUUUCAGCACUUGCUAGGCAUUGUAGAAGCUGUCUCACCCCAACACAUGAGAGAGGCGCAAGGACGACAUGAGAUCAACGGGGGUCAACAGGAUUCAAGCACCAGUGAUGAAUACGACAGCGAUUGGGGCACAAGUGGGGAAGAUGACGAGAAGGAAAACAUGGAAGGCAGACUCAAGGGGCUGCCAGUCGACAAACACCAAAAGAACCUCGAGGAUAAUACUGCUCCAGGUCCUGUUGGGGACACGGGUCCGAACCAUGCAACGUCUCCUGCAUUGCCGCAGAAAGGGGAUUUAUUCGAGAAACACAUGGAGGCGGGCAAAGGGGAAUAUGAAGUACCGGGAGGGUGCAAGUACAAAGAGAGCCCGCCUGCACAAAACUUCCUCCCGUACGUAUUUACUAUGCCAGAACCGUGUACUUUAUGUGCGGAAACCGAUGGUAUCUACAUCCUGUGUCAUCCGUCGCUGGAAUUGUCGGACAGGUGGACGGAAGCCAUUGCCAACGAAGGGGAAGACGAGUCUCAGGAUCAAUAGAGUUUACGCCAAACGGGUUUCUGUGUUUUUUCUCUCGGUUAUCUUCAGAUUCAUCCCUAAAGGUUAAUCGGCCUCCGUAUUUAGCGAAGCCUCCAGCCCUAAUCCGUAUGCGCCAUCCGAUUCAAGGUGAGGAUAAUAGCUUCGUCUCAGCGAGAACUCGACAAAUUGCAUCAUUUAAACAGCGACGACCGUUU